AUGGAUAGAAAGUCUGCUAGAAUAAAAGCAGAGUUGCAAAGAUAUGGUUGGAGAGUUUCGAAGAAGUUUAAAUAUAGGAAGGGAAGACCCAUAAAAGUCUAUGACAAACUGGCUGGUCUUCGCUACGAAAUGGAUUUGGAAACAGCACGUGCCAAUUAUCCAAACAGACUAGAGAGGUUAGAAGAAGAACGUCUUAUGGACAUGCCUUUCGAUGUUAGUGAACCUCAAGUUGAAGGACACGACGGCUUUGCCAGAUUCUACUGGAAACA